AUGCUACGCGAUCGUGAAAGCGUUUUUUAUGCAGUAUGUUCUGGCUGCUGUGCUUGUGCAGCCAGUCUAUUUGGAAAAUUGGCCGGGAAGGAAGACCUAGACUCGAUGGUUUCUGUAGUUACAGCAACAGUGUUUAUGGUUUUAAUGAUUGUGACUAAUGCUGCAGUAUGGACAUUUUUUGUGAAAGCCCUCCGUUCUUCAGAUACAUCAUUGUUUCCUACUGUGGCAAGUUCAGCAACAAAUUACAUAUGUUCUGCCAUGGCAGGAUUCUGGUUCUUUGGUGAAAUUACCUCAUUAAUGUGGUGGACAGGUACAUUUCUUGUUCUGGUGGGCUUGUUGCUCAUAUGCCAGUAUGAAAGUAACGAGAAGUUGCAGAGUAAACUAAAAUAAUAACUUGUCAGAGAAAUUUAUGUCUUUCAUUUUUGUAAUAUGAGAAUGAAAGUUUUCCUUAAGUGGUUAUUAAGUAACUCAUUAAUUGUGUGAAAUGACUGAAAUCAGGAUAUGCUAAUACUUUGUAAUUCUAGUAAUCGCACAUGCCCUGUAGUGUUGAGAGUUGUCAGAUGAAAACAGAUUUUUCAUGAAAAAGAUGUACAGCAUUCCAGAGGAUUUUUAAAGUCCAAAAAAAUGAUUGUACUUGUUUCAUAUGUACCUCCACAUUACCACUUCAUGGUUUCACCAUGUACCUCAUGAUCUGACAUAAAAUUCUCCCAAAUUGAUAUACAUUUAGUAACUGAAUCUUGUUUUCUUGAGAGUAAAUAUUUUUUUCCACUUCAGGUGCAUAUUAACUAGUGUAAUGAUUUGAUACUAUCAUAUUUUGAAUUAGCAGCACAGUUUUACAAUUUUUUUUACAUCUUGUUAAAUCCAAGCAGGAUAUACUUUGAAAGUAGUUCAACACUUUGUAUCAUUGCUAACUUUGGGUUUAUUGUUUGCAUAUGUACCUCUUCAAUGAAAUUACAAAGUUGUCAAAAUUGCACAAAAGUUUUCUUUUAUUUAAAUGGUGACCAGUUCCAGACCUUACUCUAUUAUUAAUCUGUCCUGUCAAACAGAAUUAUCGUAUUGCAAUUAACAUAUACAAUAUAUACGGUCAAUAAAUGUACAAAUAAGUUUGACAAAAUGAUUCCAUACCACAAGAGUUUAAUCAUAACACUAUAAUGUGUGUAUACUGGCCACUUUGCUUGUAAUAGUGGCUAAGUGCAAGGUUCUAUUUGCAUAUGACAAUGUAGUGCUGUGUGCAGCAAAACAAUGUUGUGUGAGCAUUAAACGUCGUUAUAGUAACCUGAGGUAGCGGGUGCUGUAGGGAGUGGAUCAUGGACAGGUUGUUUGUGUGUGUGUGUGUGUGUGUGUGUGUGUGUGUGUGUGUGUGUGUGUGUGUGUGUGUGUGUGUGUGUGUGUUUUUCCCUCCUUUUUUUAUGAAAUUACAGAAUAACGAUUACAUAUGACUGUAGAUAGAUAAUAUCUAUUUUAGCUUGAUGUUAAAACAUAAUCACAGUAUAAAACAUGCGUGUACAAAAAAAUCUUGCAAACACAUAAGCAGCAUGCUAUGCUACUAACAAUCUCCCAACCAUUGUCAAAAAUAAAAUAGGCCAGAACAAGUAUUAAAAAUGUAUGAAGAAUGCCUUGGAGUCCAUUAACCAUAAACAGUAUGCUCCCUCUGUGCACGGACUCCCACUGUGUACGUUUUUAAUAUGUGGCGUGGCCUAUUCUAUUUUUGACAAUGGUUGUAAGGUCAAGAGUGGGGUACUACUAGUGAGAUGUUUCUGUUCUGUGUGAAUGAACUUCCUAAGUGUGAUGUUACACAUUUUAUUGGUAUAAUGCCAUAAAUGAUGUAAUAAAUGUGACCUAUUAUGCAUUUAUUAGUUUAGAUUUGUAUGGUAGUGCAUGCAUUGCAGUGUGUCUUAUUGUCAAUUAUUGCUAUAAUGCCAUAAAUGAUGUAAUAAAUGUGUUCUAUUAUGCAUUUAUUAGUUUAGGUUUGUAUGGUAGUGCAUGCAAUGCAGUGUGUCUUAUUGUCAAUAAAAAAAUGUUCGUGGAGCUUUGCUAUGCUGUUGCUUAACUGGUCUUAAAAAUUUUUGCUUAUGCGACUACAUAAUUUUGUCUUUGUAUCAUCAUGUAUGUUGCAUUUAUUUAUUGUUAUACUGACUGGCCACUUGUGGCACUAUGAAGUAUGGCAAGGAAUUGUUCGUAAAAUUGUUUUUGGUCUUGCUACCUUUCAUAUUGUGACUUAAAUAUUUAGUUUUUGUAUAAAAAUGUGAAUUGUGUACUAUUAUGUAAGCUGCAGUCCUUUUAGUGCUAUAUUGACUGGCCACUGGUGGCGCUGUGAGGUGUGAUGCUGACGUGUUUACUAGAUUUCUUUUGUACAUGUAUCAUUUAUUUUGUGACUGUGUUUAACAUCAAGCUAAAAGGGACAUUAUGUAUGGUCAUACAUAACCAUUAUCCUUCAACUUCGUAAAAUAAAACGAACAACCUCCCUGUGGCACACUCCCUUCAGCACCCCCACCUCGGCUCAUCUAAUGAUGUUCUAUGUUCACUCAACAUCAUAUUGAUGCAUGCAGCACUGGACUGUCAUAUGCAAGUAGUAUCUUGCAUUUAGCCACUCAUACAAACAAUGUGGCCAGCAUACUCACAUAUAGUUCUAUGGGAGGACUUACAUGGUAUGUAAUCAUCUUGUCAAAUGUCCUUGUACUUUGGUUGUAACAUGAGACUAUCAGUCCUGCAGGAAGACGUGACUGUGGAGUUAUAUCCAACACUGGUCACCAUAUAAGUAUAAACAAACUCCUGUGCAACUCUGAUAGUUUUUGUAAUUCCGUGGAAUCAUAGUAAGAUGCCGCAUAUUGCCAUCUGGCAUACUAGAAAUCAGUCAAUAUGUAUCUUUCAUUUGAUUUUUGAUUUUUUUCCUGUGGGUACAGCUGCACAAAGAUAUCAUAAUAUACAAUAAUUAAA